AUGGCCAUCUGCAGCCAAAUCCGCACCCCCUGGCGGGUAUCCGUUGGCGCUGGGGGGUAUGCACCAGCGGAUAAUACUGUACAGUGCAAAAUGUGUGAUGCAGGAUGUGGCAGGAGACUUCUCACCAAGAAUGAAAGUCGAUUUGUUAGGUUAAGCAAAAGGGCACUCGAGGCUCAAAGUUUCCCCCCGAGCCCCCAGUCGCGGUCGAUCUCAAGGAAAGAGAAAUUGAACGAGCUGAGGAAGAGGAAAUUGAAUACUCAGGCGGCUGAAGAUCAAUCAAACAAUAACUCGAACGAAAGCCAAGAGACAAACAAUAAAGCCAAGAAACGGGAGUUUAAGUUUCGGAACUAUGAUCCGACGAUCCAAGGUCCCAAACGACACGACCCCAGCGAGCAUUCGAAAGAGACGGUAGAAGAGACGGUGAAAGAUCUGAUGGAGAAAGUGAAACAGAACGAUGAAGCGAUCCGAUCCAGUGAACUCGACUUGACCAAAAUUCAACCCAAAAAACCUAAUUGGGACUUGAAAAGAGACUUGACAAAAAAGCUUUCAAAGUUAGAGCCGAUCACACAAGCAGCUUUUGCGACUCUAAUAAGAAGACGGAUGCAAGCCGAAGGGACCACUCUGACGGAUGAAGGAACUGCUGCUUUAGUAAAGGAAAUGAAUACGGAUAGGAACCCAGUUGGAGAACAAAGCGACGACUCAAUGAGUGACGGAGAAAAUUGA